GAGCUGCACUGAGCGACAGAUGUGAGGUCAAGCACACACACAGACGGAGGGUGAAGUCUCUGCUCCUCUGAGCCUUUCCGUGACUCCCGCUUCGCUUCCCAGCCACAACGGGAGCCGCUUCCCUGCGGUCAGGCCGGCGAGUUUGCGCCUUCUAGAAAACUCUUUAUCUUUUUUUCCUUUUUUUUUCUCUAAAGUUUGCCCUGGGUAGUGUGAGCAAGCUGGAUUCCCGGAGCCCUUCACCAUGUCAGGCGGGUUUUAGGUACUCCAUGGAGCAAGCAAACCUGUACGAGGCAGCCCCUCGGCCCCUGGUGACGAACCUCGCCCCGAGCGCGCAGAACGCCUACGGCUACAAGGACGACCUGAGCGCGAUCUGCGAGAACGAGAGCUCCAUCGAUAUCAGCGCGUACAUCGACCCAGGAGCGUUUAACGACGAGUUCCUGGCCGACCUUUUCCACAGCAGCGGCGCGCGUCACGAGAAGCUCAAGCUGGCGAACGGCGGCGACUACGAGUACGGCCACGGCCUGGGACUCGGCGCACCCGGCCCGCAGCACUCGUACGGCUGCGCGGUGGCGAGCUACGGCGACUCGUCCAAGCUCGAGCCCAUGUACGAGACUCACGAGGCGCGCAUGAGACCUGUGGCGAUCAAGCAAGAGCCGCGCGAGGACAGCGACCUCGGAGAGCUCGGGCACGCGCCACAGUCCGGCGCUUACCACCACCACCCGCACCACCCGCACCACCCACACCUGUCGCACCUGCAGUACCAGAUCGCCCACUGCGCGCAAACCGCCGUGCACCUGCAGCCGGGUCACCCGACGCCUCCGCCCACCCCGGUGCCCAGCCCGCACCACCAGCACCAGCACCAUCACCAACAGCAGGGCGGCCUCGGCAUCAAAAUGAUGGGCAGCGGCACAGGCGACAGGCCCAAAACCAAAAAGCACGUCGACAAGAACAGCGCCGAGUACCGGCUGCGGCGCGAGCGCAACAACGUGGCCGUGCGCAAGAGCCGCGAUAAGGCCAAGAUGCGCAACGCCGAGACGCAACAGAAAGUCAUCGAGCUGUCGGCGGACAACGACAGACUGCGCAAACGGGUCGAUCACCUCACGCGCGAGCUCGAGACUUUGCGGGGCAUCUUCCGGCAGCUGCCCGACGGCUCGUACGUCAAAGCCAUGGGCGGCUGCGCCUAACAGGACAGACUUUUUUUUCUUUAUUUUUGUGUUUUUUUCUCUUUUUUUUUUUUGAAAUCGUGCUAUUCCUAUAGCGUCCGCUGGAUAUGUACUAGACAGAUGUCACAGAUCAUAAUUACUGAAACUGUUUCUAUACAGAAGCCAGGCAGCUGCCGUCUACACGUGCCUUUUUUGUACCCUAUAAAAAACUCGAUAAGCUCCUCUCUGGACUCGCGUCCUCCAUGUUAAAAGAAUGUGCGAAACGUAUCAGCGCAGCUCCUGUAGGGCAUGACUUCACAUCAGCAGCAGUUGUAUUAAAAGUGUAUUAAAAACAAAAGUAACUUUUCUUAGGGCCUAAGUGUCUAAAAUGUGCCCUCUUGAACUGUAAGAACUGCACAAGGCUUCACCAAAAGCGUCAAAAGUGCACUGACGAAAAAAAAAAAAAAACACCCUGCUAUUCCUGUUCUAUGUUUAAGAUGUUGUAUGUUGGAAUUUGUCUACAAAUGGACUGAAAACGACAUGCCAAAGCAAAGGACUGGAACACAACAGGCUACAUUCCAAACCGCCUCCUACAUCCCAUGCCCAAACUGUGCAUAACUGGUAAUUUAUAGUGGCGCACUAUAUAUAUUGCUUACUAUUUAGUGUGAUAAUGUGCGGUUUGGGACGUAGCCAAAUCUUCAAACUCUGGUGUCUGCCCUUCAGCUCGUAUGCACUAUGAGUCGUGAGACUGUACGACCCGAUGAAGCACAUUUUUACUCUGAAAAACUGCCAUAGGCUCGGGUACUGAUGUGGAGGGCGCGCGCGCGUGUAUGUAUAUGCAUGUGUGUGUGUGUGUGUGUGUGUGAGUGAGUGAAUUUGUGAGGGCGCUUUUUUACAGUCCAAACUUUGUAUUUAUGCAGCAGAAUUGAGAUGAAAUGUGAAAAAGGUGCCUCUAUGCAAUGGCUGUUCGCAUCAUUUUUUUUUUUUUUUUUUUUUUUUUUGCAGUGAAAGUGCUGUGUAGCCCAUAUUUGUUUGUUUUUGUGUAGGAGACUCCAAUCUCAGUGCCUUUUCACUUGUCUCCAUCAUCAUCAUCAUCAUCAUCAUGGGAGAAAUGUUUUGAAUGUUUUUUCCACAUUAAAAAAAAAUGAAAUAUAGGCUACAGCAAGGAAGAGAAAGCACUUUUAGAAAAAAAAAAACAAAAACAACAAUAUCCAACAGCCGCCAUAUUGCAAAUGUUAUAUGAAUGUUUGUUAUUGAAAUGUAAAACAACAUUAUAUAUAUAUACACACGCCAAAAAAUUUACAAAUUAUAAUAAAAGAACAUGGUGUUACAUAAGAA